AUCGAGUGUCUGGGAGAUGACCUUGAACUAUUGUAUAGUUGAACUGUUCAAUGAGUCAAAACUACCACUGUUUUCAGCAAACUGGCCUAUGUCUGCUUACAAAGAUCACAGCUGGGCAAGUUGACUUGAAUUCCCUCACAGAAUGAGGGCCACUGGACUCAUUACUUGCAAGCUGUUGUAUACAAUUCCACCCUAACUGCAAAUGGCCUUAGGGGGAAGUAACAGAUGUAGGAAGGAGUCUCUGCAGCCAGAGAGGAAUCAUCCGUAUAGCAAUUUCAAGGUCCCCCAUACUGUUCCCCAUAGCUCAGUGAUUCUUCAGCGUGAACGGUGCUAAUCAUUUUGGUGUGUCAUCGGAAUUUUGGAAGGAUUUGGUAGACAUUGUUUACACCUCACCCAGGAAUUUUUUUUUUUUUUUUAAGCAACAAACACUCCAGCUCUUGCCUCCAGCUCCUAAGAUUUGGUAUUUUAUAGGUCCACCACACCCGCUUACAAAGUAUUGUAUUUUGUAAUUUGGAACAGGGUUUUUGUAGCUAGCCUUAGAUGACCUGGCACUUGUUAGGUAGCUCAGAGUAACCUCAAGUUCCUAGCAGUCCUCCUGCCUCCGCCUCCUAUAGAGUGCUAGGGUUAACAGUAUGCACCGCCGCAGCCGGAUUUCAGUGUCUUGCUUUUUGCGACUAGGCUAGUUUUCAAAUCCAUUAUGUAACUGAGCCGUAUUCAACUACGGAUCCUUCUCGCUCCCAUCUCUCAAAUGCUGGGAUUACGGGCCGCCGGCUCUGCUAAUUGCGUGAGGUUUUCUAAAGUCUACGGGCUCGCUCUGAAUUUGCCAGUGUGCUCCAUUAAACCCAUCCAGCCUGCGUGGAGGAAACCUUGGCAGGUAGCUUGAAGCCCGGAUCCACGUUCUCCCAUGGGGCUGUGCUGCGGCACCCGAGCCCACAGAUCUCGGUCACGCCUCUUUCUCUGACGCUGUCUGGGUUGUCAAAUGGGAGAUGAUCGGCCGGGACCGGUUUCGCACGGCCAUGACGUCCUCCCGCCGCUAGGGGCGCUGUGGCAGCGCGGAGCAGGGUCAGACGCGGUGGCCGCUGCCCGCCUGCGGAGAGCUGCUGACCUGCUCCGCGCACCCGUGUCCCGCACUCAUCGCCGCCAUGGGUAAGGGUAGUAGCCGGGGUCACCAUUCUCCUCUUGGGACGCGCAGUCACUCGGGCAUUUGGGGGCUCCCGGGGUCGCCAUGGCAACGUUCGCCCGCCCGCAUCCCUGCGCCCCGCCCGCCCUGGGGCCUGGCGGGUGGAUUGGCCGGGACCAGGGCGUCCAGGGACAAGGAUGGCUUCCCAGUCUCGCGAGUGGUGGGCGGAAGACUGGGGAGAGGAGCGGUGUGGUAUCAGGUCCCGGGAGCCCGUCCCGCGGGGUCUCCGUGCAGGCUGGGGGACGGAGAGAGCAGGGCCCCCUCUAGGGACAGCGGGGGAGUGCUGGCGACUGGCCCCACCUACGACCGCUGCUGCACAAGCCGCCGUCCUAGGGUGCAGGUUACAGGUUGUGAUGAACACUCUUAAAAAAGGAAUCCUGCCAAUUAUGAAACGUCAGGUGGUUUGGGCGCGAGGGUGGGUAGAGGAAUCACACCUCGACGGAGAGUGGAGGAAAAAGAUGUGGGCAGAUCCGGGCUGUUUCAGAUUGCGGAGGAUGUCAGCCUAUUUAGCUGAAAUGCAAACCAUAACAGAGGCUACAAAAGACCCCACGGCUGUGGAGAGAGCCAAUUUGUUAAACAUGGCGAAACUAAGCAUCAAAGGGCUCAUUGAGUCCGCCCUGAGCUUUGGCCGCACCCUGGACUCCGAUUACCCUCCUCUGCAGCAGUUCUUCGUGGUGAUGGAACAUUGUCUGAAGCACGGCCUGAAAGUAAGAAAAUCCUUUUUGAGUUAUAACAAAACUAUUUGGGGCCCUCUGGAACUGGUGGAGAAGCUGUACCCAGAAGCAGAGGAAAUCGGAGCGAGUGUCCGGGAUCUGCCUGGUCUUAAGACUCCCCUGGGUCGUGCUAGAGCGUGGCUUCGAUUAGCCCUCAUGCAGAAAAAAAUGGCCGAUUACCUGCGUUGCCUAAUUAUCCAGAGGGAGCUCCUGAGUGAGUUCUAUGAGUACCACGCACUGAUGAUGGAGGAGGAAGGAGCCGUGAUUGUCGGGCUGCUGGUCGGCCUGAACGUGAUUGAUGCCAACCUGUGUGUGAAGGGAGAGGACCUAGACUCCCAGGUUGGAGUGAUUGAUUUCUCAAUGUAUUUAAAGAAUGAAGAAGAGAUUGGAAACAAAGAAAGGAACGUUCAAAUUGCUGCCAUCUUAGACCAAAAGAAUUACGUUGAAGAGCUAAACAGACAACUCAACAGCACCGUCAGCAGCCUCCAUUCAAGAGUGGACUCGUUAGAGAAGUCAAACACUAAGCUGAUCGAAGAGUUAGCAAUAGCGAAGAAUAAUAUCAUAAAGCUCCAAGAGGAAAACCACCAGUUACGUAGUGAAAAUGAGUUGAUCUUAAUGAGAACUCGGCAGCACCUAGAGGUUACCAAAGUGGAUGUAGAAACCGAGCUUCAAACAUACAAGCAUUCCCGACAAGGUCUAGACGAGAUGUAUGAUGACGCCAGAAGGCAGCUUCGAGACGAGUCGCAGCUCCGACAGGAUGUGGAGAAUGAGCUAUCAGUACAAGUUGGCAUGAAGCAUGAGAUCGAGCUGGCCAUGAAGUUGUUGGAGAAAGAUAUUCAUGAGAAACAAGACACUCUCAUAGGCCUUCGGCAACAGCUGGAAGAAGUCAAAGCAAUCAACAUUGAGAUGUAUCAAAAGCUGCAGGGCUCUGAAGAUGGCUUGAAAGAAAAAAAUGAAAUAAUUGCCAGACUAGAAGAAAAGACCAAUAAAAUCACUACAGCCAUGAGGCAGCUGGAGCAAAGAUUGCAGCAAGCAGAGAAGGCGCAAAUGGAAGCUGAAGAUGAGGAUGAGAAAUAUGCCCAAGAGUGUCUGAGCAAAUCCGACAGUCUGCAGAGACAGAUCUCGCAGAAGGAGCAACAGCUGGUGCAGCUGGAAACGGACUUGAAGAUUGAGAAGGAAUGGAGGCAGACUUUGCAAGAAGAUCUUCAAAAGGAAAAAGAUGUCCUAUCUCAUCUUAGACACGAAACCCAAAAAAUCAUAAGUCUUAAAAAAGAGUUUCUUAACCUCCAGGAUGAAAAUCAGCAGUUGAAAAGAAUAUAUCACGAACAAGAACAGGCUCUGCAAGAACUUGGCAGCAAACUCUGCGAAUCUAAACUUAAAAUAGACGAUAUAAAAGAAGCCAACAAAGCAUUGCAGGGACUGGUCUGGCUAAAAGACAAAGAUGCAACCCACUGUAAGCUUUGUGAGAAGGAAUUUUCACUCUCCAAAAGAAAGCACCACUGUAGAAAUUGUGGGGAAAUUUUCUGUAAUGCCUGUUCUGACAACGAGCUGCCAUUGCCUUCUUCACCAAAGCCCGUGCGCGUCUGUGAUUCCUGUCAUGCAAUGCUCAUUCAGAGAUGCUCCUCUACUGUGCCGUGACAUAGGAACUCAAUGCUCCUGCACAGAAGCAUCUACAAUGAGGGAGGGCUGUGUGUACAGCGGCACCCAGUCAGUACUGUACCUCACCUCCAGCUAACACACAAGUUUCUAAGUUAUAUGGGUUAGUAUUCCGUUCCUGUUAUUUAAUCAGAUUAAGAUAGCAUGUUUUAGCACUACUUCAACAAUCAAAUAACCUUUGACACAAGGUCAGAUAGCAGAGCUAAUACACAUUUGCCUUACCUUACAGAGGCCUUCUUGAGAACAAGGCCACAGCUUAUUUGCUUCUGAACUGAGUUGGCACCUGAUGGUGCCUGCAUAUCUCUUAAUGCACUUUAAAAGCAUCACAAUUCUCAGAGAAAAACUGGAAAUGCGUUCACUUUGUUAUAUGCUGAUUAGCACCGUUUUUUGAAAUGGUAGCCCAUGCCUUUAAUGCCAGCACUUAGGAGGUGGAGGCAGAAGUUCAGCGGGGCCAGCUUGGUAGACAGAGCAAGUUCCAGUACAGCCAGAGCUGCACAGAGACAGAAAGGGGCUGGAAAGAUGGCUCAGUGGUUAAGAGCACUGACUGCUCUUCCAAAGAUCCUGAGUUCAAAUCCUAGCAAUCACGUGGUAGUUCACAACCAUCUGUAAUGAUAUCUGAUGCCCUCUUCUGGUAUUUACUUACAUAUAAAACAGCUACAGUGUACUUAUAUAUAAAUAAACAAAUCUUUAAAAAAAAAAGAAACAGAAAAGGAAAGACAGACUGAAUCAAAGUUGGGCAUUUUUUAUCAUGAAUUUUCUUGCCUCAGCUCUGAAGUGUUGGGAUCAUAGCUGUGUGCUUUCAUCCCAGGUCUGUAUAUUCUUCAUUAUCUGGUAAGAUUCUAAUUUAUUUGUUUGUCCGUCUCCCUCCUCUACAAUGAGAAAGACCAGUGAUUUUACCCCAUCCUUUCCUCUUCACUUGCCCAUCUUUCGCAUGGUGGAUUAAAGGACUAGUGCUCUGGCCUCUAGUCUUUCCCUCACUUUAAGGCGAGUUUUACUUAGAACCAUCAUCCUUAUCCCAGAUGCUAACUUUUGUAAAGGGUCAGAUUCCAAAGGAGAAAACAUUCCUUCCCAGGGAACAGGGGGACUGAGUGAGACCACAGGCCUUUAAAGAUUCUAAAGAAUUAAAAAUAAGAGCAUUUAAAACUUUGCCUUUGCUAUGAAAGAGUUAAGUUUCUCCAUCCUCAGUUCUCUUAGGAUUCUAAGAAGCCUUACAUUGGUGCAUUACCCACAAGAGAAUUUCACCCUAUGUGUAUAUCAAAUACCUUUAUGCUAUGGUCUUAGGUAGAUAGUGGUUCCUUAUUUUUUCAAGCAGGGGGAAAAAGCAUUAAGUUACUUAAAUCAUGACCAUUCAGGAUCGUAAGUAUAUUAAUUUCCAGUCUUGUACCUUUAAGUCUAUAAGCCUUUCAAAACGCUAUCGACUUUACAUUCCCAAGGACACUGGUCAGUGACUGGGUACUUUUCUGAUCCCCUUUCCUGCAGGAUCUUUUCAUUUGCUGCAAUUCAGUAAGGUUUUAUAAAUUGCCAUUUUACAAAACCAGUAUUUACCAGUUUCUGUGGUUAACUUACGUUCGCUCUGACAGAUUUCUAGUUGUCUCUUCUUUUGGCCUUGAGACAGAAUUAAGAUAGUAAGGCAGGAAAGGAGGACUACCACAAGUUUCAAGGGCAGCUUGCUUGGUUCAUCCCUAUUGCUACACACACACACACACACACACACACACACACACACACACACACACACACACGGUGGUGAAACCCUGGCACAAAAAUUAAAAAAUUAUAAUAUAUUCUUAAACCACUUUGACUGAUGGGGAUGACUAAUUUUUCUGCUGUUGAAAGUGAUCAUAGGGGACUGGGGAGAUGGCUCAGUGGUUAACAGCACUGACUGCUCUUCUAGAGGUCCUGAGUUCAAAUCUCAGCAACUACAUGGUGGCUCACAACCAUCUGUAAUGGAAUCCGGUGCCCUCUUCUGGUGUGUCAUAGUGUACUCAUAAAAUUAAAAUCUUUAAAAAAAAAGUGAGCGUGGGGUUGGGGAUUUAGCUCAGUGGUAGAGCGCUUGCCCAGGAAGCGCAAGGCCCUGGGUUUGGUCCCCAGCUCCGAAAAAAAAAAAAAAAAAAAAAGUGAGCGUAAAUGAAAAGAUUUCAAAUACUUAAAAAUUGUCAUUAACACAAGCCUUUUCUGGAGCAGCAUUAACUCGAUCAGUGGUAGAAUGUUUGCUUAUUAUGGCCGUUAAGAGCCUGAAUUCUCAAUUCAUAGCACUACCACCAAAAGAUAAAAACCACCCAACUUUAAACUUAGGUUAUCCUAUUCAUUACAAAACAUUCACAAUUCUUAUUUUGCUGAAAAUUUCUGUCAUUCUCUUACUUACCUAGCCAGUACUACCAUCAUGGUGCCAAGGAAUUGCAACUGUAAUUCUGAUCUGUAAUGUUUUUAAAAUAAAUGUGAAUUUUAUAACAUGGAGAUCUAAGAAAUUGACAAUUACUAUUAUUGCUUUAAAAGAUUUGUUUAUGUGUGUGAGUGUAUGCCAUAUGUGUGCAGAUGACCGCGGAGGCCAGAAAAGGUAUUGGAUUCACUGGAACUAGAGUUACAGCAGGGUUGUGAUCAACCUAAUGUGGGUGCUGGGAACCAAAAGGCCCCUCUGAAUGAGCAGCAAGGACUCUUAAGUACUCCACUUAAGUCCUCUCCAGCCACCUACUUUGAAAUUUAAAGUAACCCUUGAAGUGCUUUUGACUUCUGUGGCAAGCAUGCAAACUAGUUCAUCAGUAUAUAAGCACCAAGAUAAACCCAUAAGACAGAAACUCACCGUUUCAGGUGGAUAGGCUCCAAAUGACAUGCUGUGGCAACUCUCUUUUCUUAAAGCAUGGAGAAAAAUAACUCCUUUGCAGUCAUUCGAUCAGAAACCUCAAUUUGGCAUCUAACAGUACUUGCCUUUGCCUCCCAAGUGCUGGGAUUAAAGGCAUGUGAUUCUCUAUACCAAUACAUUACAGCCAAUAACGAACACAAAGCAUACUAGCACAGACAGCAUUCCUUUAUCUCCCAUGUUGACAUUUAUUACAUUAAUAGCAUGUCUAGCAAAAACAAGUAACAAGUUCAAUAACUGAGUUCACAUUGACAGGUUCAUUUUGAUCCAUUAGCCAAUUUAGGGAAAAUGUCUUAUUGACCAAAGUGAUAAAAGAUUAGUAGAAAGCACCUUUCCUUUGUUAUACAGAGCACUUAACUACUCAAAGCCAGUUUCAGACACAAAACCAGCUACAGCAUUGUUUUACAUUUUCUUAAAUGUCAUUUACACCAUUGAAGACCCUAUUUUCUUAGGUGAGAAACUGAAAAUACUCAAACUACUCCGACAGACUCAAGUUUUGGGAACAUUUUUGGUAUCUUAGUCAAGUGCUAUGAGGGUUUUAAAAUCUCAAGCUAUAAUUUCAAUACUCCUACCUCCCUCCCCCGUUCAUAAUACAAUUGUGAAUAUUUAGAAUCCAGAUACCUCUUAAAUUAUUCAGAGCUAUGCUUGAUAAACAAGACUGAAAAGAGAAUACUAACUUAUAUUCUUGAACCCCCUAGAUCUAUCUUUAGGCUUUUAUUUACAUAUGUCCAGGAGUGAAAGUUAGCGCUAUCCCAGAUGCCUACUUGCAGUCUUGCCCUCUAACACUGCCCUAUGCUAACAGUAAAAUACAUCAUCCCAAAUCUUACGAAGGCAGCACAUCUUUAGGAGUACCUAUAUAUAAAAAGUAGCAACAUCAGUGGUUUGAAUAUAAAAAUUUAUUUUAAGUCAAAGUAUGCAACAAAUAAAACCUACAGAAAACAGAUUUUCCCAUCACAGUUUGUUGUUUUACCAAAUAAUAUCUUGAAAACACAUUCCUUCAGUCAUUAUAAAGUUCUUGAAAUACAAAAGAAAUUUGUAAGAAAGUCUAGUAGAGCCGGUGUUAGGACGUGUACGUUGGGGUGGUGUUGUCAGUACAUCCCACGCCAUCCACCUCCACUCAUUCCACCUUGCCCAUAGUAACCUCCACUGCCUCCACCACCACGACCUUAAGAAGACAGUAAGAACCACCCAUCAGGAGACAUCCAUGUCUUUAAAUGAAGGACAAUACCAUGACACAGAAACAACUACUUACCAUAGCCUCCCAAGCCAUCAGGAGCACCAUAGCCUCCACUGUAGCUGUUCCCCAUUCCCAUCCUCCCAACAGAUCCGUAGCCUCCUUGAUUAUCUACACAUAAAGAAGCAACAGAGGAUGAUUGCCUAACAAAGUAGCUAACACUUGCUUAUUCUACAAAAUUUAUAAACCUAGGUUUUGGAAGGAUAUGCUAAAGCACCAAGGAAGGAGGAUUGUGAGUUUUGGGCCAGCCUGUGUUACAGAGGAGAUGCUACCUGUCACAAAUACAAAACUAUACAUACCCAUUCCAUCUCUGCCAUAGCCUCCCAUUCCAGAACCUCCCAUUCCAGAGCCACCUCCAGGGGUGGAAUUCAAGAAGAGUUCAAUGUAUCGAUGUUCUUUAGAAAAAAAAAAAGUGGAAAAAGGUAAGAGUAGAGAAAAGGAUGCUGGAUCAAAGGUAUUAAAUAAAGAUCAGUUAGCUAGUAUUUAAAUAGGCUUAUCCAUAAAUAUAGAAUUCAGAUAGCCAUUAAAGUUUCAGAUAGCCAUUCAAGUUUAAGCAUUAUUAACAGGUCAGAUGAUUUUAAACCUUUGGGUCUACAGCACAAGCUUUAACAAGUAUUUUAUAAACUGCCCACCACUACAAAACAAGCAUACCAAAGAUAUCACUUACGCAUGUUGUUUUUAUCUUUAGACAUGGCAGCCACUGCAUCUUCAUGUGUCACAAACUCUACAUCUGCCUCUCCUGUUGCUCUGCCAUCGGCUCCAAUAUCAAUAUGAACGCGUAUUGGAUUGAGUGGUGAGAAGAACUAAAUAGAAGUUAUUCAUUUUAAAAUUCCAGCUAUUUAAAGUUAACACAUACCUUAAUUACUUUCCUAGUCCACUAAAUAAACUACUAAGAGUCUCUAAAGGCUGAAGCAUUGUGGAGGUAGGCUAGUCAUCCUUUGCUACAGAAGUGGUCAACUUAGCUCACGCAGGGAAGGAGUACAUAUUUUAAAAUGCAAAAAGCACUUCUAUUUUUAAAGUUAAGGCAAUACUAAAUUUUAAAUGAGAAUUGUGCAACUGUGGGAUACAGCUCCAUGAUAAAGUAUACUUAGGAGUAUCUUGAGUUUGGGAUUGCUUCAGUCCCUACCAAGCUCCUACCUAAUUGACUAUCCUUAACAGAGCUGGGUUUCUGUUGUUUAUUUUAAUGCAUUUUUUUUUAACCUGCUGAAAAAUCUCGUUAGGUCAGCACAUAAUGGGCACAAACAAUUAUGUGCACAUUAGGCAAAUAAUCAAUCUACUAAAAGACAACCCUAGCCUGAGUCUCAACAAAUAAAAAAGAUGAGUCAACUGGGCAUGGUAGCUGCUUGUAAUUCCAACAGGCUCAAAGCCAAGUUAGCAUUUGCAAAUUCUUGCAAAUUCUAGCCCAGUUUGUCUCCCCGCCAUGAGUAAUUAUUAUUAACAAAAAAUAAAUUAAAAAACGCACUAUAAAACCACAAUUACUCACAUUAGCAAUAUCAUUUUCAGUCGCACGAAAAGGCAGCCCUCUCAUGUGCACAAAAUGACCACCAUGGAAACCUGAACUUGCAUCACCAGCUCCACCAUAGCCAUGUCCUCCCAUGCCUAGAUAAACCAUGUGGGUUCACAUAAGUAUAUUCAUAUACAUCUCCAAAGCAGUGCAUUGACACAAGUUUCCACUAACCUAUCAAAGUUGUCUUACUACUACUGGAAAGUUACCUAAUUACUACUGGAACUUUACAAAAGGGAAUGGUAAAAUUGACUUCAGUGAAUAGUUUUUUUGUUUUUUCUCCCCCCUUUUUCGGAGCUGGGGACCGAACCCAGGGCCUUGCGCUUGCUAGGCAAGUGCUCUUCCACUGAACUAAAUCCCCAACCCUGUAAAAUUGACUUCAUUAUGACAAUAUUCUGUUUACCUCUUCCAUCUCUCAUCCUGUCAUCAAAGCCAUCAUUCCCAUAGCCGUAAUUAUUAUAGCCACCAUAGUCAUCAAAACCUCCAUAGCCUGUGGAAAAUGUAAGGAAAAAUAAAUACAACUCUGAGCCAUUGUUCUGUAAACUAGCAGUAACUGUCUUAGCUCUUUCAAUUAUGUUUGCAGCUGACUAUAUGUGAGAAAAAGUGAACACUUAAUGGAAAUUUACAGAGGAUAAAUUCAAACAUGACAUGGAAAUGAAGUCUCAUAUUUAUGCCAGGAAGAAAACAUGCCAACCAUCUUUAUUUUUACUUCUCCACUGUGUUCUCUAGCUGUCAAGACAUGCAUCAAUCAAGUUCCACCUGAUGGUCAUGGACAUCCCAUAAUUUCAUGACCAGGUUUUGAAACCUCAUAGGUACUGGAAUUACUGCCAUUUCUGUACUUCUUGACAAAGUGUCAGGAACAUCAAGAAAAUGACAACAGAGCCUUUGUUCAUUAGACACACAUACCACCAUCAUAUCCAUCACCUCCUCGUCGCAUUCUGUCAUACAUACUUCCACGCCCAGCUCCAUAAUAACCCCCUCUUCCUCCUAUUGGUCUAUCAUAUGGUCCAGGUCGCUGUCCCAGCAAUCUUCUUGGUGGAUCAUAAAAUCCUUUGAUUUCACUCCUGCUACUCCUGAAGAUCUCAAUAUACCUAUUUAAAAAUGUUUUAAGGUACAGGUUUCAGCUCAGAUGCAUUAGAGAGUAAAUUAGAUACUGGGCAAAUGCAGUAAGUUUGUCUAUAUCUAGGUAUAUAUCCCAAUUUAAAUUGCCUAAAUAAACCAUAAGGUUAACGUUUUUUUACACCUACAAACUUAAAUAUUUAAGUUUUACAUAGACAAAUGAGUCAUUUGAAAACACUGAAUUAGGAAUAUAUUUUAGCUUGUUUCCUUUAGUACAAGAUAGGUAUAUUAAAAAAAAAGAACAAAAACAAAACAAAAAUCAGGUGAUUAUACAAAAACAAAUUUAACAACAUCCUACAAAAAAAAUGGAAACAAUCUAAUUUUAAUUUAAACUAUAAGCAUUAAUUCCCCACCCAAAUCUGUAUUUCCAUGUUAAAUUUAGGUAAUUAUCAAUUCUUUAAAACUACCCCAGAAAAAUGUUAUGCUUACCCCCCCCAUUUAAGCAAUAGCGACCCACAACCCCCAAAAAUAAAAAUGUAACACCAUCCCAAACUCUCCAUCCCCACCUGUGCCCUAUUCUUUCCUUGUGUUUCCCCAGAGCAUUUUCUGCUAUCUCCUUUGAAGCAAACUGCACGAAGGCCUCCCCUGUGCUUCUCCCCUGGUAGUCCAUCGUCAAUGUUAUCCCAUUUGGCACGAUUUCCAACCCUUUAACCCAAGGACAAAUACCCCAUCAAGGGGAACAGUGUUAAAGGCUGAAACAUUCCCAUCUGAAUCAAAUAUUUAAAACAAAUCUAAACAAAACAAAACAAAAGGCUUAGUUUCCCAUCACCCCAUAAUACAACUGGAAUAGUUUUCAAAUAUCAUUGGAUUAAAUAUUUUGUGACCAGUGUCUUAAAAUUAUACUUCUAAAAGCCCACUACAUGAAAAACUACAAAUCAUUUAACUGUGCUCCCAAUGGUAACUCACAGCCCAUGUCAUCACAGUUACUCUCGGUUAACUACACUAUACAUCAUCAAUGUUUACUUGGCCUACACAUACUCUAUGCAAUAGUAACUGGAGCACAUUCCCCAUUUUACUAUAUAACCCAGGUUUUCACAAAACUAAGUUCUAAAAUCAAAUGGGUUUUACAAAUUAAAAACAGUAACAGCUAAUAAACACAAUUUAAAAUACUACUAAACUUUGACUAGUGCUAGAGGUACCUUGAAAGAACUGAACUAUUUCCUCUUUGCUGCAACCAAAUGGCAGUCCACGAAGUCGCACUGUCCCAUCACUAGCGUCAUUUGGACCAUUAUGUUUCAUAACCCAAUCCAUUUCAAUACCGCUUGAUUUAAAUGCUAUGAAAAUAAACAAGCACAUAAAGCAGUCAAUCACAACACAGUCUUACCAAAACUCCAACAACUCUGACAAGUGUCACAACUCAAAAUGCAGGCAAAAGUUAAAGUGACUCCUGGGACAAUCUGCAACAGUGUUCUAUUAACAUGCUUCUUUGGGGUAGGGUAGGAAAAGAUAGUGAAAUUCACCCCCCUCCUACCAACAACCCUGAAGAUCUAACAAGGCUUGUAGAAUUUUACCACCAGAAUAAAAUUUGCUGUCACACACUAUCCUUUUCCUCAUGCUACACUGUUUUACAAAGCUCCCCAGACUUUGUUUUACAGACAGGGUGUCACUAUAUACCAAACUUGUUUCUGUUUUUUUUUUUUUUUGUUUUUUUUUUUUUGUUCUUUUUUUCGGAGCUGGGGACUUGUUUCUGUUUUAAAACAAGGAUCUUCACCUUUAAUCCCAGCAUUGGAGAGGCAGAGGCAGGAGAAUCUCUGGGAGUUUAAGGCUAGCCUUGUCUACAAAGUAAAUUCCAGGAUAGCCAGGGCUGUUCUCUAGUCUCAAAAAAAAAAAAAAAAAAAAAAAAAAAAAACCAAACACCAACAAAAAGAAUACAAGACGAGAAACAAAACCAAAAAUCCAAGGGCCUCAGUGCCCAGGUUCGCCUUGAACUUCAAGCAGUCGUGCCUCAGCUGGAGAGUACUAAGCUUUACUGACACACCUGCCCAACUGCAAAUGUUUAAUAACACAAAGGUAUAUAUAGUACAUGCCUAUUCAUAUUUGAAGUCUGAGUAUAAAAACAAACUAAUGUAGCCAGGUGGAGCUCUAUAACCUGGACAGGACUCAUAGAUGGAAUUACAGAUGCUACCACACCAGCUUAAGAUAAUCCCACCCUCACCCCCAUGAGAUGACUAUAAUUCAUCACAAAAAGCACUGCUUCUCUUGCAGAGGACCUGGGCUCUAUUCCCAGCACCUACACAGGGGCUUAGAACCUUGUAUAACCCCAGUUCCCAUGGAUCUAACACUCUUUGGGUUUCUACCCAUGUGGUAUACAUAACACAGACACAAGCAAAACAUUCAUAAAAUUAAAAUGAGGGAAAGACAAGUAUUUCAGUAGCAAGUACAAGGGAGAAAGCUCUUUUGUGUGUCUAAAACUUAAAACACCAUUUUUGCCAGGAAAGUCCUUAUGAAAACAAGAACUCUGAAAAACACUACACUGAUAACUUUUAUUUAACAAUCUUUUAUUACAGUUAAUUAAUCUGGUGUAUGUGCUCAUACCUCACACACAUACCUGAGUGCAAUGUGAAGGUCAGAGAAAAAUUUUUGUUCAACAGUUCUUGAUUUCAAUUAACAAAACUUUACUGGGCAAAAACUGAUUUGGACAAAAAGUUAUCUCAUAGGGUGACUUUCUAUUCAAGUAAAGAGAGUAGGGAAGCAGCCUUGCUCUAAUAUACCUUUUAAGUCAACUCUAGAAUCCCACUAAAACCCAAAGGGCAGUCUGUUCUGAUACCUUAAUAUACAGUUUUCAAAGGCUAUGCAACAGUUCACUUCACUAUUUACAAUACUCCAACCUUUAUAACAGUGUCAUAAACUAAUUGCUACUCUGCUGUGGGGAUGCCAAUUGUUCUCAUGUCACUAAUUUCAGAGCUUGAGACAGGAAACCAACCUGAAUCACAUCCAUGCUAAAGGGGAAGGAAGGAUGGUUUGAACCUAGGAGUCCUAGGGUUGCCAGGGUAGGCAGCAAAACACUAACCAUAAAACCUCCAAGUGAUAGGACCAAUUUAAAAAUACUAUCAGUUGGGGUUGGGGAUUUGGCUCACUGGUAGAGCGCUUGCCUAGGAAGCGCAAGGUUCUGGGUUCGGUCCCCAGCCCCGGAAAAAAAAAAGAAAAAAAAAAAGACUAUCAGUUAAAAUGAAGCCAAUUUUAGUAACAUUUUUGAGACUUUAAAUAGAAAACAAAAAUUUCAGUCACAAAAGACUACAUACUAUUCCAAAUUACACAAACACCCAGAUCAUAAAAAUCUAAAAAAAAAAAAAAAAACCAAAACCACGAUCUUCCCAGGUUUGAAAUAGAGAACUGUCAUGGGAUGACUGUUGGUACAUAUAUUCUUUUUGAAAUUAUAGAAGUGUUUUAAAAACCGGAUUGUAGUGAUAAGUCUGACAACUAGUAAUCCACUGAUUAAGUUGAUGGUGGCUGACAGCUGCCACCCCAGCACUUGGGAGGGAAAAGUAACAAGAUCCUCCAAGAUCUACAAUGAAACCCUAUCUCAAAACAAAACACAUUUGGGAGGUAGAGGCAGGUGGCUCCUAGAGAGUUAGAAGGCAGCCUUCUGUACACAACCAGUUACAGGUUAAUAACAAGAUCCUGUCUCAAAAAAAAAAAAAAAGCAAAGAUAUUUAUAAUAUAAUUCAAUCAAGAAAAGUUGGCAUAUCAUUUAGCUCAUUACAGUCGAUCUGAGCCCUCUGCAUUUCCAAAGUCCAUACUAAUGAGCGUUUUGUCCAGCUUUUGUCGUAAAUCUUGGAAUGCGCUUAACAGUUUUCCCAUUACUCAUGAGUAAUACUACAAACUAACUUUCAGGCCCAGGAUGUCCUUUUUUCCUUUUUAACCCAUCUUCAAUGAAAAUUACUGACACAGUUCUAAUUUAUGGACCCAAAACACAUCAACUAGGUACGGGAUUAGGCUUCCAUUUUAAUAAACAGAGUUCUGGUUCGAAACACCACAGUUUGAUACUUAAGUUUUAAACACGCCUAGACAUUAAAUGAAACGAAUGUAUUUGACUUUCAGCCUUAAUUACAGAACGACACAAAACACAAUUCUUGGAGAAUUACCUACACAAAAACCUCAUUUAACUAUCAACCCCUGCUUAAAAGAUGUACUAUGUACUAUGUUCACCGGACUCGACCUAUUUGAAACAUACCCAUCUCACCGGAAUAGGGUGCUAUUCCUAUUAGAUCAGCCUUUCACUUCUCUUACAAAAUUAAAGUCUCGGUAAACAUCUAAGCGGGGCAUGCAGUGUGGGAUGGGAAGGAAUCCUUUGGAGAUGCGUACGUACUCUUUCCGCAGUUCCAAAUCGAGACUAAAAGGGCGGCUAAGCGUCCUUUACCUCCUCCUGCAGAUUUUCCGUUUAUCUACCUUGCCCUGGAAACCAGAGAACUAGGGGACAGCCCCCCUCCUUCGCCACCGAGGCGGAAUUACAAAGGAGGACGGUGGCCGCCUUUGUCCUGCAUCUGGCAGCGGAGCGCUCCCAUCGUCACUGGUUUCUCCCCCCCCCCCCGGCUCCCCCUGUCUCAUCCCGGGCGUCUGCGUCAGCAGCCAUCCGCAGCCCCGCCAGCCCAGGUGCCUUCGAGAGCACCGGAGGCCGCGGUGGGAGGCCGGGCCCGCGGGACGCCAUUUCUAUCCGAAGCGCGUCCCGCCUCCGCGCUAGCCCGGCUCAUUGAGCUCCCCACCCUCAUCCCUACCGGAGAGCUCGGCUCUCCCGCCCCCCUCCUUCCUGACACUUUCCGCAAGCCAGAGGCGACAAAGUAGCGGGAGCGGGGAAAGGCGGGAAGGCGACCGGGCCGCCGUCGGCCCCAAGAUGGCGGCAGCCGAGAGAGCGAGCGCCGGGGCGCACGGCGACUCCACUUUCCCUCACCCGCUUCCGGGCUCUUCGUCCUUCUCCCGACUCCGCGGUCGGCACCACCGGCCCAACCUACCCCACUUCUACUUCAGAUACCCUGUGGGGUGCUAGCAACGCUGACUCCGACGGUCGCGGGGAUCCGGUCGCCGGCAGGGACCACGGGCUGGUUCGCGGCUCAGCGCUCUCCACAACGGUUUUUUGGCUUGUUUUGUUGUUGGUGGUGGUGGUGUUGGUUUUUUCUUCUCCCUCAACCGUCUCCCGCGGCUGCAACCGCUCCGGGAGCUGCGCAGCACAGAGACUGGCGAGGGGGGAUGGGAGGGAGCGAGCGAGAAGGAGGGGGCGGGGCGGAGUGCCCAGACCGGCCGCUCUGCUCUCGCGAGACUUGAUUACAGUGGGGUCUUGGUAAGGGCGGGGCCAAGGGCACCUACGCACUCAGGACCUGCGUAGUGGCAACCGUGGUGGGCGCGGAAUGGCGCAAGGGGACUGUUGCGGACUCGGUUAUCUCCUGGUUACCGAACCUCUGAACCCCCGAGCUCGCUUUUGUCUCUCCCCACGGGAGGGCGUGUGUGGCUUCUGCGGAGCCGUGGUGACGCGGUUUGCGAAAUCUCUUUUUUUUUUUUUUUUACUUUAUCCGCAUUUAUUUAUGCUGAAUUUAUUCCCGUGCCAUGAGCUUUUGUUUCUUCAAUUUCUUCUGGGAUAUCUUUUUCUUCUGUGCAACCUCCUCUUCUGGCUUUGGAACAAUCUGUUCCUUCUCAGUGAGGAUCAUCUCGAUGUGGCAGGGGGAGCUCAUGUAUGGGUUAAUCCGGCCGUGAGCUCUGUAGGUUUGCGAAAUCUCUUUAAUGUUUCACCGGGAAUAAAUCCCACACAGGCCCCCCGCGCGAAAGGAGCCACGUGGUUUCUGCCCCCCAACCAGGGAAAGGCUUUCUUUUCUCGUCUACCGUGUUUGCAUUAUGCAAUCGGAAGAAAAUGAAUGUUUCGCCUCCGAAAAUACAAAACGCCUAAAUCCAACAGGAUUCCCCUUUGUUCACCUGCAUAGCCAACCUCGACGUCUUGAUUGGUUUCCUACCUGCCAUGUUUCAUUUUUCUCUCCAUUAAACCCACUGACGGGUCAGCGGCUCAUGGCAGUAUACUUUAUCUAAAUAAAGUUUAGUAUUCCUAAAAACUGCUUCCCGGAGACACCUAAGAAACGCUUGUUGACGUUCUGUCGUGCUCUCUUUUUAAGUUUUAGCACAAAUUGCACAUGGAAAGUCUCUUGGAAGGUUGAGGGCCACCCUGGUGUAAGAGACUUAGAAGAGCAAAGCAAAUUACGUUAGGAAUGGACAGUGUGAGGGCAAAGAGGCCAGGGUGGACAGAUUAAGACUAAACGUGGACGGGGCUAGGUUGGGAUCACUGUUCAGUGUGCAUUCAAAGAUUUCUUUGCGCUACAGACACUGGGAAGUUCAUUAGGAGUGGAGUGGGGCUGCGUGGUACAUUGGCAGUGUAGAAGGAUGAAUUUUACUUAUGAGAAUUUUAUUUAUGUUUAGACUAGAGCUAAGAGGCCAAUUACUUUCUGGUAUGGAAACUUGCAUUUCACAGUUUUAAUUCAUCUUCAAACCUACUUGAAAGUCUUUAGUGCUCUACUGAUUUUAUAACCCAAAAUUUCCCUCAGAGAAAGUUGUGUGUGUGUGUGUGUGUGUGUGUGUGUGUGUGUGUGUGUGUGUGUGAUUAUAAUUACAGACAGGAAAAUCAAAAGUUAUUAUAGAAGCCAUCAUAGUUCAGGUUUAUUAAGGACUUACUGGAACGACAUAGUAAGCAAUUCGUUGUCUUUGUUCUUGGGUAGCCAAGGAUAAUCUUGAACUCUGACCCUCCAACCUCUACAUCAUGUGUCUCCAUAGCCUUAAAAAGUGGUAUUCAUUUCAUAGGUGCACUUCCUAGACCCAUCAGAGUGAAAAUAAAUUGCCCAACACAAAAAGCUGAGCCUAACACUAAACCCUUUUUUUGUGGUUACAAAUUAGAAGUUUACUAGCUAAAGACUUGCUGAAGCUUGGUUAUCUUAUUGUUACUUUAAUUCCCUAAAGUCACCCCCUUCCUUUUAAUAGCUGGGGGUUGAAUUUAGGGCUCAAAGUAUGUUCUCAUUUUUAAAAAGUAACUGGUUUAGCUGGGUACACAUCUUUAAUCCCAACAUUCGGGAGAAAGAGGCAGGUAGAUCUCUGAGUUAGAGGCCAGCCUGGUCUACAGAGUAAGUUCCGGGACAGCCAAGGAUACACUGGGGGUGGGGGCGAGGGGGGUAGACAGGACAGGAGGAAACCAAAACCUAACUGGUUCAUUAGCAGAACUCCAAACUGAACACUUAGGGUGAACUCGAACCAGGGCCUUUUUUCUAUUGGGUUUAAUUACAUGGCUCCUUUCUCUUUCAGUCUUUCAAUACAAUGGUGGGUGGACUUCUGUAAUCCCUUUUCCUCUUCCCCUGGAAUUCUGUCUACUUACCGCCUGAAUAAAUUUGGCAUUCUUUGCAUACACUUUGUGUGGUUAUAGGCAACAAUCCUCAGUUUGUUUUGAUGGUUCUAAUAUAUGACUUUUCAACCAGUUUGAUGUUUCUUUUGGAGGCGUGUCUAUAUCAUUUCUUUGUGGUGAGUGCUCUUUACCACUAUGAAGAUUUAGAAGGUCUUGGAAUUAGUAUAUCCAGUCCUUUUGCCUUUUUAUUACAGCUAGUAGGAAUGUUUUCAUUUAAAGGAGCAUUAGACCAUGAUAUAGGUAAUUUGUUUUAACUUCUUAGUUUACUAAUUUUCUUUUAAAAAGAACAGCUGAUCCUUCCUCACACGGUUGAAUCCUGUUGUUAGACUUGGUGCAAUUGGACCCUGCUGUUCGGUGAUGCCUACAGAAUUGUUUCCAGAUUGAUCUCUAAGGAAUUGUCUCCAUGGAGAUGGUUACAGCUCAGGGCUCCCAGUUGCUCCCCACCCCCCUCUCAUGUGCUCUCCUGUUAGAGUAGAGGUCAUAGGGACCCUGAAGAGAAUUUCUGUUACAGUGUAUAAUGAGAGAAAAGAUGAAGCAAGAGAAGGAAAUAGAAAUGCCCACCCCUCCCAGAGGAAAAGGAUACACGUCACUGUGCAUUACUCCAUCAGAAAAAAGACAAAAGGAAAAUUCCAUGCAGGGCAUGCAUGAAAAUGAAAGAGAAACUGAGAAUGCGCUCUCUUAGGGCAGACAGAGCACAUUAGCUAAAAACUAGUGUACAGUCUAUGUUCACACAUCCCUAAUGAUACUACAGAGUAUCACUAGAAUGGAAUCAUAAUAAUCACUUUGCCUGCAUGAAAAUAAGCCAAGAACAAAAUGACCCACAACAUCAUAUUGGGGUUGUGUCUAUUCAGUGUUUAAGGGCUUUGGAACAGCAACUCUGACAAGGUUUUGUGAAGGGCUCCUUCUCUGGUUUAUGACCUAAAUAUCUGAUGUCUUCAGAAGAUGGACCACCUUCUUCACAUGGCUACCACCGUUUCUCAGGACAAGGCUCUCAAAGAUUCCAGCUUUGAGUGUUUGUUUAAAUUACUUCCCCGGGAACUAUGGAAAUGAAAAGACCUCAUUUACUAUGAUAUUAAGUAAACAAAUGGUUCCUAAGGCAGGAGGCCCUGAACCCAGUCAUUCUCUAUACUGGAGGAGAUACCUGUGCUUGUGUGCCCAUGGAGGCCAGCCCACAAGCAUCUUCUGGGCUUCUUUUGUGUGUGUGUGUGUGUGUGUGUGUGUGUGUGUGUGUGUGUGUGUAGUGAAGGUCAGAGGACAGCCUUCAUGGGUCCGUUCUCUCCAUUCUGUCCUACCAUGUGGAGCCUGGGGAAUCAAACCCAUGGCACAAGGCUUGGCAGCAAGCUCCUUUACCCUCUGAGCCAUCUACUUGUCCUCACUAUACACCUCUUAAUGAGACAGGGCCCCUCACUGGCCUAGGGUUUGCCUAGACAAGGUUGGCUGGCCCGCAAGCCCCAGAGACUCUCCUGGCUCUGCCUCUUAAAUGGAUCAAAACUCAGGUCCUCUGCUUGCAAGGCACCCACCCUUCCUAAUGUGCUUAUAACUUCAGGUCCCCUUUCUCUAAUUUUUUGAAAUAGUUCCAAGUAUUGAAUUGCUCCGGUGACCACUGUGGGAGCCAAAGAAAAGAACCAGGGAACGUGUGUCAUCACUGUGCCUUUUGGAAUGUCUAAGUGGAUGGCAAUGUAGGAGAUACGUCAUGAUAAGAGAUAAGAGAUCAUUUCUUUCAACCCCAGUUUAUAGUUUUGUGUGUGUGAGGCUUCUUGAGACUUGCUAAACACCCCAGGCUACUCUGGGACCCUCCGUCCUGUUUCCAUCCAUACACGCUAUUGACAGGUAUGUGUUGCCACACCCACUUUUUAAGCUUUUUUUUUUCAAGAUUUAAGUUUGUGUAUAUGUGCAAGUGCCUGGGUGUGUACUCACAGGAGCCCUCAGAGGCCAGAGGGCAUUGGAUCCCCUGGAGCUGGAGACAGGCAGUUGUGAGUCACUUGAUAAGGUGCUAGGAACCAAGCCCUGGUCCCCGACAAGGGCAAUAAGCAUUCUUCUCUGCUGAGGCAUCUCCUCAGUCCUGCUUUUACGUUUUAGGGGUACAUUGUCCUAAUUAGGGUUUUACUGUUGUAAAGAGAAACCAUGACCCAAGCAACUCUUAUAAAGGAAACAUUUAAUUGGGGCUGGCUUAGAGGUUCAUCAUGGGAGGAAGCAUGGCAGCAUCCAGGUAGACAUGGUACUGGAGAAGGAGCUGAGGCUAAGAGUUCUGCAUCUGGAUCUAAGCAUGGAGAAGCUGACUCUUCUGCACUGAGUGGAGCUUCAAAGCCCACCCCGCAGUGAAACACUUCCUCCAACAAGGCCACUCCUCCUAACACUCCCUGUGGGCCAAGCAUAUUCAAACCGACACUUUAAUUCAUUUUUACCAGACUCCAGCAAAUUAUUAUAUGUGUGUAUUGGACAGUAAAACCAUGCCAGGAAGUUGGGUAAGGUAGAGCAAGUUGAGACCGGAGACUCGGUGGGUACACUCCUUGCUCCCUGUUCACGUGCCAUGUUCCUCACAUAAAAUAAAUGUGCCCUGUGGUCACAUAGACCCAAAACAGAGUUCUCCAUCCUAGGUACCUAGAGGCCGUGAGGGCUUAGCCAAUAAGCUUCCUUUCCCAGAUAAAAGGUAUUCAGUCUCCGGUCAGACCCUGAGAAAAGGGUUAUGCAUCCAUUUUCCAACAUGAACAAUCAAUAAACUGUUUAGAAUCAUGGCCUGUCUCUUUCAUCAAGAUCUGCUGUAGGGAGCCAUGGAGAGGGGGCACUCCCCUACAGAACCAUAGCUUAGUUCUCCUGUAGAAGGCCUCUCUUCUCCUAACCACAACACCACCAAGCAUGCCACUUCCAAGCAAAGGACAAUCACUGCUGGGACAAGCCACAGACGUCCUGGCCUGCAGGUCUCCCAAUCCCGUUCUCGGCUCUUCUAUGACUUCCAGCACCACCUGUACAUUCAAGGGCCUGAGAACCCCAUUGGCCCGGCCUCGUUGCAGGCCCAGGGACCCCCAAACCAGCUCUGGUUUCCCACUUCUCAGACUAUUUUCCCACCCCUGAGCAGUAUCUCAGCGCUUCCAAACAGCCCAGCACUCAACCAAGCUAAUCAGAGUUCAAUCCCUGGGACCCACAAGAUGGGACGAGAAAACCAACUCCCACAGCUUGUCCUCAGACUACUAAACACAUGUGGCAAGCACACAAUGCCUCCCCCACACACACACACAAGAAAGCUCAGUGGUAAAGAACACUGGCCACACUUCCAGAAGACCCACAUUUGAUUCCCAUAAUCAUCUAACUCCAGUUCCAAGACACCUGACACCUUCUUUGGCCUCCUUGGUCACCAAAUUGUGUAGCUCAGUGGUAGAGGACCUGCCUAACAUGUGAACCCUCAGGUCACUCCCCAGCACUGCCAAAGUAAAAAUUGACAAGUAAAAUCAUAAACAAAAGAGUAUUGUUAUCAGGAAAAUGAAAACAGUUCCUUCUUAUACAACUAUCCAGUUCUCAACAAAAAAGGAAAUUGUGUCAAGCAUGGUAAGGCAUGAUAAGGCUCCACCAAAGGUGCUUUGUCCCCAGCCUCUAAUUUGAUAAUUCUAAUUAUCAUGUGGAGGGUAGAUAAAAAUGGAGAGGGGGUGGCUAGAAGAAGACACAGCAGAGAAGCACUGAUUCAGAAAAGCUGUACUAAGGACAGAUGCAGGUAUGAUGGUGGUACACACACACUCCAGUAAUGCUCAGGAGGCAGAGGCUGGAAGGUGAAAGGUCAAGGGGAGCCUGAGCUAUGUAAUGAGUUCCAGACCAUCCUAAGACACAUAAUCCUGAGAGAAGCCUGCUUUUAAAAACAAACCGAACAGCAACAGCCCCCACCCAAAGAAUCUGUUUGUUCCGGGCUGGAGAAAUGGCUCUGCCUCUUGCAGAGGACCUAGGUUUGAGUCUCAGUGCACACACAGUGGUUCAUAACCAUCUGUAAGUGCAGUUCUAGAGGAUCUGACACCCUGUUCUGACCUCUGUGGUCACGAGGAACAAAUAUGGCACAUAGAUAUAUGUGCAAAGUACUCAUACACAAAUAGAUCUUUUUGUUUGCUGCCUGCUCCCAGCAUCCACCAUGGGCACCUCGCAAUUGCCUGUAAAUCCAGCACCAGGAAACACAUGAUAUACACAUGCAGAGACAAUCUUGGUUUACUUUUUAUUGCUAUAAUAAAAGGGAUAAGAGGGACAACUACUCCCAUAGAAGUCUUAUGGGGGUGCAGCAUCUCAGAAGGUCCCACCUAAAAUUAACCAUUAAAAUAGAUAAUAAACCAUUCAAGUGUCUUAUUAAUACUGGAGCAAACAGGACAAUUUUAAGACAAGAGAUCUCAUGUGACUGGCAACUGACCCCUGGGCCCCAGCUCCUAGGCAUAGAGGGUGCCUCUCACGCAUUCACCACCAAACAGGCCUAUAGGUGGGAGCUACUGGUCUCAUACGCCCCCUGGUGGCUCAAGUAGUCACCAAUCUUCUAGGGAGAGCUAUCUUACAAGCCUUAGAGGUGGUUCUUACCACUCUACCAAAAAGAGACCACAUUAAGAUAGAGGUCAUUACCUAUACAGAAAAUAACACCUAAGGAGACCCUAAAAACCCUCCUCCAGGUCACCCCCAAUCCUAGAGGCCACUGUUAGAUUUAACACUCCCUGAGUUGACUGGCCUUCCAACAAAGCCAUCUGGAUCCCACAGUGACCUCUAUCAAAAGAGAAGUGUCAUCCCUUUGCUCAUUGGACUAGGCUUUGCUGUCUCACUGGGUUCAACAGAAACUGCUGGAGCAGCCCUGGUCCAAACACAACAUCUGGCCAACGACUUCCAAGACAAACUUACCAGGCAAUGGCUUCCACUACAGACAGCCUUCAGUCUCUUCAAGGCCAGAUAUCUUUUAGCAAAACCAGAGAGCCCUGGACUACUUGACUGCUGAACAGGGAGGGACUUGCAUUUUGUUGGGGGAGGAAUGUUGCUUCUAUGUCUAUGUCAAUGAAUCUGGACUGGUAGAACGAGAUAUAAAAUGCUCAAAGAGCUCUGGGGGAACCUCUGGGCACACUAUACACCCAACACCCCUUCCCCUUGGUACUUUAACCCCUUGGUAGUUUAGAUUCUUCCCCUCCUUGGCCCUUCUCUUGGCACCCUGUCUCAUUCAGUUUCUAAAGCAACAGAUGAGUAACAUUACAAAGAUCACUACUAAUCAGGUCUUGGUUCAGUAUCAAACUGUUCCCAACAUAGGAGACAGUCAUUCUGAUGAGACCUCUCCCUAAUAAAAAGAAAAGAGGGAGUUGUGGGGCAGCGGGCUGUGAAAGGUAGCCUGGUUCCCAGUUGAGCUCAGGUUUCAAACCCCUAUGACCCUAAGGGAUGGUAGGCGUUUCCCUAAACUCCUAGGAAACCAGGCCCCUGUCAUGUAGCUACAGCCCUCCACAUCCCCCUGUAGAGAGGUUUGUGACCAUCAGUCUCGUAGGAGCAGCACCCCAAGCCCUCCCAGAUAUAGAUAAGUUAUCCCCAAGCUCUCAGACCAAGCCAAUAGGAAGUAUCUACUAUCAGACCCUGACCUACCCCAAAACUGUAUAUGAGGAUCUUAUCCAGAAAGAAUAAAGGUGUGUGAGAUACUCCAUCAUCUGAGAGCUUCUGUCAUAGAAGCUAUAACACUGCCGCUUGGGGAAGAGAUCCGCUCUCCCAAAAUUGCUACCAGAAGCUCCCCUGUGCCCCUCCCUGGCUAGUCAGCCUCCUGAUGGCUCAGCCCGGCCUGACAUCUUGGAGCAACUGAAGUGGCAGUGGUGGAGAUGAGGUGGAGCAGCACCAACAGUGGAGGUGGCGGAGGCCAUUCCUCCUCCCUGCUCAAGUUCUCUCCCCUUCUCUUGAACCUGGCCAGGCCAGGGAUCUCCAUGGAAAGCUUCCAAUACACAGACCCACAAAAAACCAUGACCAAAAGCAAAGGAAAGGGUUUAUUUGGUUUACAUAUCUUAUCACAGUUCAUCACUGAGGGAAGCCAAGGCAAGAACUCAAGCAGGCCAGGAACCUGGAGGCAGAAACUGAAGCAGAGACUAGAAGAAGGCUACUCCUAAUGAUCCCCUGAAACUGGAGUUACAGACAGUUGGAGCGACCAAUUCUCCAGUCCCCUUAAAUUGCUCCUUAGUACUCACUGCCUUGGUGACCUCUGCUUUCUUGAACCACCCAGAACUACCUGCCCAGAGAUAGCACCGCCCACAGUGGGCUGCGCCCUCUCACGUCAACCAUUCGUCAAGAAAAUGUCCUCCAGGCCUGCCUACAUUGUAUGAACUUUCUCAAUUGGCUUUCCCUUUUCCCAGAUAACUCUAGCUUGUGUCAAGUUGGUAAAAAACAAACAAACAAUCAAACAAACAAACAAACAAACAAAAAACAGAAAAUUAAACAGCAAGCAGACAUGGACACAUAUACAUAAAUAAAAGUAAAUUUUUUUUUCUUUUUUCUUUUUUUCGGAGCUGGGAACCGAACCCAGGGCCUUGCCCUUGUUAGGCAAGCGCUCUACCACUGAGUUAAAUCCCCAACCCCAUAAAAGUAAAUCUUAAAACAACAACAAAACAAACAAGAAAGUAGGCAUCAAAAUUUCCAGUUAUUGAUGUUGGGUCGUCUAUUUCCCUUAGCUCUGUCAGUUUUGCAUUUUAUGCUCUGUUAAUAAGUAUUUAUUUUUGUCAUGUCUUCAUCCUUGCCUUAGGGUUUCUAUUCCUGCACAAAACAUCAUCACCAAGAAGCAAAUUGGGGAGGAAAGGGUUUAUUCAGCUUACACUUCCACAUUGCUGUUCAUCACCAAAGGAAGUCAGGACUGGAACUCAAGCAGGGAAGGUAGCAAGAGCUGAUGCAGAGGUCAUAGGAGCUGAUGCAGAGGCCAUGGAGGGAUGUUACUUACUGGCUUGCUUCCCGUGACUUGCUCAGUUUGCUCUCUUAUAGAACCUAUGAUCAUCAGCCCAGAGACAGCACCACCCACAAUGGGCUGGUUCCUCUGCUCUUUUUUUGGGGGGGGGGUUCUUUUUUUCGGAGCUGGGGACCAAACCCAGGGCCUUGGACUUCCUAGGCAAGUGCUCUACCACUGAGCUAAAUACCCAACCCCAGUUCCUCCACUCUUAAUCACUAGUUGAGAAAAUGCCUUACAGCUGGGUCUCAUGGAGGCAUUUCCUCAAGGGAGGCUCCUUUCUCUUUAAUAACUCCAGCUUGUGUCAAGUUGACACACAAAACCAGCCAGUACAAUCACAUGUUGAUCCAUGAUAGAAACAUGUUCCUCUUUGUUUCUUUUUUCUUUUUUCUUUCUUUUUUUUUUUUUUUUUUGGUUCUUUUUUUCCGGGGCUGGGGACCGAACCCAGGGCCUUGCGCUUCCUAGGCAAGCGCUCUACCACUGAGCUAAAUCCCCAACCCCUCCUCUUUGUUUCUAAUAAUAAUUUCAGUCUUAAAACCUAUUAUAUAGUGGGCUGGAGAGAUGGCUCAAUGGUCAGGGCUGCUCUCUGUUUUCCCAGGAGACCUGGGUUCAAUUCCCAGCACCUAUAUGGUGUCUUACAAGAUAAUUUGUAACUCUAAUUACAAGGGAACUGAUGCCUCCUUCUGGCUCUUUAGGCACCAGGCACAUAUCUGGUACACAGAUAUACACACAGGCAAAGCACCCAUAUAGAUAAUUUAUUUUUUGAAAUUAAAUCUAUUACAUAGUCACUAUGAUUCGUUCUCUUUCUCUCAGUCCUCCCCUGCCCCUGUUCCCUUGGUCCCUCUACCUCCAUGAAUCUCUUUAUGCAGACUAAGAUGCUGAAGAUGUCUGAGACAUUGCUCAGCUGCAUCAGAUUUCUCCAGCAUUCUCCUCACCAGACUCCCUGGGAAUUAGCACAGCCUGACUAAAGCUUUCAGGUCACGAUCAUGAAUACAUUUUACUAUUUGCAGUCAGAUUCCAAAUAUGGUCACUAUCAGACUAUUUUCCCCAAUUCAGCUCUCCUUUCUGCUGAUUUCCUCUCUGACUGUUUCCCCUCAAUUCAGCUCUCCACUCUGCUGAUACUUGGUUGUUGCUGAGGGAGAGGCUUGCAGCCGUGGUACCCAAGCCUUUAAUCCCAGCACUUGGGAGGCAGAGUCAGGUAGAUCUGUGAGUUCCAAUGCAGCCUAGUCUAUACAGUGAGUUCCAGGACAGUCAAAACUACAAAUAAGACCCCAUCUCAACACGAAAGAAACAACAGCAAAAGUUUUGGAACCACUGUGUCCUCCAGCCUCUGAUGCAGAGAUCAGAGAGCAUGAUGGGAAAUAACUUCAACAACAUUAGUCAGACAAAUGAUGGAAACGUGGUCUUAGCUUCUGAAGCUUAGAUGUUUGUCUGUUUUGUUUUGUUGUAAUAACCCUCUCUAUCCCUCCCUCUCUCUUUUCUUUUUGAACUAAACAUAAAUUUCUUUUUUCUAUCCUCAUCUUGGUUUCCCUCCCUUAUUUCCCAGGUCUUCCCCCCUCACACCCAUCCACACCUUCUUUCUCUCUUUAUUUAAAAAAACAAACAGGCAAAAGCAAAAAACCAAAACAAGGAGAAGGAGAAGAAGAAGAAGAAGAAGAAGGAGAAGGAGAAGGAGAGGAAGAAGGAGAAGGAGAAGGAGAAGAAGGAGAAGAAGGAGAAGAAGGAGAAGAAGGAGAAGAAUAAGGAGAAGGAGAAGGAGAAGGAGAAGGAGAAGGAGAAGGAGAAGGAGAAGAAGAAGAAGAAGAAGGAGAAGGAGAAGGAGAAGGAGAAGGAGAAGGAGAAGGAGAAGGAGAAGGAGAAGGAGAAGGAGAAGGAGAAGAAGGAGAAGAAGGAGAAGAAGGAGAAGGAGAAGAAGAAGGAGAAGAAGAAGGAGAAGGAGAAGGAGAAGAAGAAGGAGAAGAAGAAGGAGAAGAAGAAAAGAAGGAGGAGGAGGAGGAGGAGGGGAAGAAGAAGAAGAACAACAACAACAAACCUCAGGAACAAAAGCACACGCAUAUGUAUGCACUUGCAUGUGCACGUACACGCACCCACCAUACACAAAAUCAGAAAUCAUAAUUUACAAGCAAAAGACCAGUAAGGUUAAAAAAAAACAAUAUUAGAUCAAAAAUCCUCAGAAACUCCAUUGAUUUCCGUUUCUGUUGACCAUGUGCUGGACAUGUGGUAUACCCAUAAAUGUGGCUUAUAUACCCAGGGAGACUCUUUUGGAGAAAACCUUUUCUUUGCAAGUGGUUAUCAUUUGGAGAUAGCUUCUUGGUUAGGGAUGGGAGUUUGUGUCCACCUUCCCCUCUUGGCACUGGAGCCCCCAUCUGGCUUGGACCUCGGGAGGCCCGAUGCUUGCGUGAACUCUCUGUGAGUUCACAUGUGUGUUAAUCUUACUGACACACAUGAAGACACUCUUUCCUUGGUGUCCUCCAUGCCGUCUGGCUCAUACAUUACUUCUGCCUCCUCUUCUGAAUAAUGCAUACAGUGCUGAGGGGAGGGGUUGGAUGGAGACGUCCCAUGCAGGACUGAGCGUUUCAGAAUCUCUCACUCUUUGCCCAUUGUCUACGGUGGGCCUCUGUAUGUGCCCCCAUCUCCUGCAGGAGGAAGCUUCUCUGAUGAUGGCUGAUUGAGGUACUGAUCUGAUAGAGCAGAUUGUCACUUGGCGUCAUUUCAUUAAGAGGUUCCUUUAGCAGAACAGUAGUAUUUGGCUUUCCUCUAAGUGCAUGACUUACGUAGUCUCAGGUUGCUGGCCAUCUGCGAAGUGUUGGAAACAGCUUCCAUCUCACGGAGUGGGUGGUAAGUCCAAUCAGAGAGUGGUUGGUUACUCCCACAGCGUAUGUGUCACUAUUGUGCCUAUGUGUCAUGCAGGCAGGUCACCAUUGUGGAUAGAAUGUUUUCUAGCUCGUUUGGUGGUGACCUUUCUCCUCUGGUAGUGUAGAGAGUGCAUACCGACCAGUGUCAUAAACACUAGUUAGUAAGGGCUUCAACUUCAAGAGAACCUAAGUGUUGUCUUCAGCAAUAGGGCCUUACCAUCCAUUUGCGGAGAGCAACCAACAGUCUUAGCAAUACCCUGAGUUGUUUCAGGGGUUUUGUAUGGGGCCCCUUUGGCCAACAAUUCAAUUAGGUGUAACCCAUUCCUGGCACUGGAGGUUUGAGUUAGUGGCAAAAGUUGUCUGGUUGGGGCUUUGUUUCCCCUGUUAUUCGGUGAAUGCAUUUAGAUUUCUUUCAUAUUUAAGAAGCUUCUGCUGUAGUUAGUUUCCAGAUGACUCUUCAUGUUAAUUGUCCCCUGACUCUCUCCGCUUAUAACUCCUGUUCCAAUCUCUCCCUGUCUUUCAUAAGGAUAAAGUCUAUUCCUCUUCCUUGGAAAACCAUGUCCUUUCCCCUAGUUUCCUACUCUAGACCUCUAACCUCUGUGAUUAUAUGGAUUGUAGUAUGCCUGUCAAAAGCUUAAAGGCUAAUAUAAGAAAGUAUAAGAAAAUAUGAACAUUUGUCUUUUUGGAUCUGGGUUACCUCACCGGGGUAAUUUUUUUUUUUUUUUGGUUCUUUUUUUCGGAGCUGGGGACCGAACCCAGGGCCUUGCGCUUCCUAGGCAAGCGCUCUACCACUGAGCUAAAUCCCCAACCCCCAGGGUAAUUUUUUAUAGUUCCACCCAACUAUUUUUGGAUUUCAUGAUUGUUUAAAAGCCAGCUGAAUAAUAUUCAUUUUAUAAAUAUACCACUUUUCAUGAUCCAUUCAUCAGUCAGUGGGCAGCUAGGCUGUUUACAAUUUCUAGCUGUUAUGAAUAGGGCGGCAAUGAACACAGAUGAAAAAGUGUCUCUGUAGUGGGUUGUAGAGCCCGUUAGGUAGAUGCCUACGAGUUGUAGAGCUGGGUCUGGAGAUAGAUCUAUUCUCAACUUCCUAAGGAACUCACACUGGUUUCCAUAGUAACUGUAUGGGCUGUAUUCCCAUAGCAGUGGAUGAGUGUUCCUCAUACCCCACAUUCUCACCAACAUGAGCUGUCAUCUGUCUUAUUGCUCUUAGCCAUUUAACUUGUAUAAGAUUCGAAAUCUCAAAGUCGUUUUAAGUGGCAUUUCCCUGAUGACUAAGGAUGUUUCAUUGUUUUUCAGACUCUCGUGUCUUGUGUUUCAUCUUUUGAGAACUGUUUAGAUCUGUACCCCAUUUUUAAUUGGGUUACUUGUUUUCUUGACCUUAAUAUCCCUUCUCCCCCUCUUAUUUUUCCAGACAGGGUUUCUCUGUGUAGCCUUGGCCAUCCUGGAACUUACACUGUAGAACAAGUUGGCUUUGAACUUACAGAGCUCUGACUGCCUCUGCCUCCCAAUUGCUGGGAUUAAAGUCAUACAUGUACCACCACUACCUAGCUACUUUUACCCAUUACAGGAAUGGGCAGGAGGCUGGAAUAAAGCUCCUCCUCAAGUGAAUGCUUUCUCUCUCUCUGGCUGCCAUACCCUGAGCUGUUCUUCUCCACUCUACUGUUGACCCACCCCCACGUGGUGCCUGAACACCUUAAACUCUCUGAAAAGGAACCAAUAGAAAUCUUCCAAGCUUAAGUUGUCCUGCACAGUUACUUUGUUGCAAUGAGAAAUUAACAGGCACUGUCCUGACUUCUCUCUCUCUCUCUCUCUCUCUCUCUCUCUCUCUCUCUCUCUCUCUCUCUCUCGUAUAUGAAUAUUACUGUAGCUGUCUUCAGACACACCAGAAGGGGGUCAUCAGAUCCCAUUACAAAUGGCUGUGAGCCACCAUGUGGUUGCUGGGAAUUGAACUCAGGACCUCUGGAAGAGCAGUCAGUGCUCUUAACCGCUGAGCCAUCUCUCCAGCUCUUACACAAAGUUUCUAGGUGGCUAAAGUAACCACUUUAGGCCUCCUCAGGUAUUCAUGCUUGUGGUUCUAGAAUAGAUUCAGAGUUGUUUGUCUACCUGUGCAUUGCUUUCUAGAGUUCCAGGAACACCCCGGAGCUUUUCUCCUUUCUUCUUCCAGUGGAAACCCCCUUCCAGCAUUGGAGAAAUGGCUCAGCAGUUAAAAGCACGUACUGUUUUAUGUUUGUUUUGUUGUCCAUUGUUCUGAGACAGGGUCUCACUAUGUAGCUCUGACCAUCCUAGAUCUUUCUAUGUAAACCAAGCUAGCCCCAAACUCACAGAGAUCCACCUGCCUCUGCCUCCUCUGCGCUGGAAUCAAAGAUGUAGGCCAUCAUGCCAGGUUGCACUUGCUGUUCUGGCUGAGCACUUGGGGUCAGGUCUCAGUACCCAUGCCAGGCAGCUAAGAAACCCCUGUGACACCACCUCCAGGGGAUCCGGCAUCCUCUUUUUGCCUUUUGUAGAUGCACACAUGCACACCCAUUAAAAUAAGCCCUGAAAGUAGACCUGUCACAUCAUCUCAUGUCAUGCUGGUGCUUACAAACAUUUGCUUAAAGCCAAUUGUUUGCCUCAGUAACUUGCCUACAGCUCAGGCAGAAGUCAUGUUCUUAAACAGUUGGUUGACUGUUUUUGACAAACAAUUCUGGAGAAAGAAGCUGUUCUUACUAUGUGAACCAAAUUAGGUUAAUAAAAAAUCCUUGCUACUGGGGGUCUGCCAGGAAAGUAGCACAGAAGCCAAGUUGUAAUUCAUUGUGGACAUAUCUUAUCUUUUUGGGAUUUGGGAGCUGUCAGACUAUUCCAGAAUGAUGAAGGUGGUCUCCUCUUCCUCCUCCUCCUCCUCCUCUUUUUCCUCCACAGUAACUGACUACUUGCUGAUUGGUGGAGGGAAAUUUUACACAUUUUGUGAUCCAGCAAAUAAGGUGGGUUGUGGGGUUGAGUAGGGAGGAACUUAUUAUUUACAAGAGAGGAGCAGUGCAGCCCAGGAUUGCUCCAAACUGGCUUUGAGUUUCUUUUCCCCCUAUCUCAACAGGAAGCCAGAAGACAGGUUCUCACUAGAACUUGCUAUGUAGACCAGGCUGGCCUCAAACUCACAGAGAUCUAUCUGCUUUCCUCUGCUUCCCCGAACAAGCUACACAUAUAUCUGCUAUGUCAGAUUUAAUGUAUUAUAUUAGUUCCAUCACAUUUAAUCCAAAUAUUUUAUCUCCUCCAUAUAGGGCAUAUGAUACAGAAUAAAUGCCUUUCAGGGUUUAACUGCAUUCGGAAGGAACAAACUAAGCUACUGUUUACAAGAGCUGCACAUUUAAUUUCCUGUUUCUGUAAUAAAGGGACAUUUUCUUUUCCUUGAGAUGGCAUUUCACUGUGUUGGCCAGGCUGCCUUUAAGCUCCUGGGCUUAGGCAGAUCCUUUUGGCUCAGAUCUAUGUCUCCCCAAAAGCUAGAACAAUAGACACACACCACCAUUCUCAAUUUAGGACACGUUUUUUAUGUCUCUAUAAAUUCUGUGACUGUUCUAACCCAAGAUUUUAACAACACUAGAAUUUAAGUUUGGAAAGGGUUUUUAAUGGCUGCUUAAAUUAAAAAAAAAAAGGGACAAAAGAAAAAAUAUCCCUCAUAGGUAUACCCAACCACUUAGGUUUUAGUUAAUUCCAGAUGUAGUCAAGUUGUCAAAUUGACAACCAAGAAUAGCGGUCACGUAUAUGCACAUUAGAGAUCCACCAUUAAAGCUGGGUGGUGGUGGUGGAUCCCUUUAUUCCCAGCACUCAGGAGGCAAAGGCAGGCAGAUUUUGUGAGUUUGAGGCCAGGCAGACCUACAGAAUAAGUUCUAGGACAGCCAGGACUACACAGAGAAACCCUGUCUUAACAACAACAUCUAUCAUUAAAGAUACCUGCCAGCUUGGGAUUUAGCUUAGUUGUAGAGUAUUUGCCUCACCUGUCUGAGGAUCUGAGUUAUUCAAUCUCCAGUAAUGUAAUGUAAUAUAAUAUAAUAUAUAUAAAAUAUGCAUGUGAUAUUAUAUAUUAUAUAUAAACCAUUAUGUGUUAUGUAUAUAUAACAUAUAUAUUAUACAUAUAUACACAUACACACAUAUUUUACCUGGAGUUUGCUAAUCCAGAAUAAUCAGUUGAUUGAACCUAAUUACCUCUUGCUAGUAACAAAACAUACUUAUGGGUCCUUUGGCGAAUCACUAUUCUGGCCGUCUCUGUACUAACAAUGGCUUCAAACUUUGAGACUUUUACUCUGUAUUAGGCAGAAGUUCAGAGGUAGGACCGCUUAAGGGGCACCCAGCAGGUUAGCUACAGCACCAGCAAGUGCACUCUUUCCCCAUAUCUCGUCUCUGAGCCUUCUAUCUCCUUGCUUAUCAUGGUGCAAUGACCAGGCUGCUGCGUUUCUAGGAUCAAAAAUACGUUCAGCUCAGCAAAAAAGGAUGGGCAUCCUAUUCUCUUAGCUCUGUUCCUGUUAACCAGAAAGCAAAACUUUCUCCAGGAUCUUUCUAGCCUUCCUUCCCUAGUUGAGACUUGUCACCAUGUAGCUGUAGGAAAUCUUGAAAACUGACCAUCUGACAAAGGGAAUGAAACUGUCCUGACAGACAGGGACCCUGGGCAUCCCUGAGCCAAAACAGAAUCCAAGUCCUUUAAAGAAGAGAAGCUGACACUGGGUCUGCUGUGGGUGGAGGGCCUGCGACAUCUUAUUGAAUAGUGAAAGACAGCUUGUUAGAUAGACCCUCUGAGACAUUCAAAGCCAGAGCUGGAUACUGUAGUAUACUGUUAGGCAGUAUACUUGAGCCCUCGGGUCUCAGGCCAGAGUGUGCAGCCUGGCGAGGAAACCUGGCCCCCACAACUCCUAGAUAGAAAUCGGGAACUUCGGAGCUAUAAAUUUGGGGCUGGAGAGAUGGCUCAGUGGUUAAGAGCACUGACUGCUCUUCCAGAGGUCCUGAGUUCAAUUCCCAGCAACCACAUGGUGGCUCACAACCAGACUAUAAUCUAUAGUCUGGUGCCCUCUUCUGGCCUGUAGUUGUAUACAUGCAGGCAGAAAGCUGUAUGAUGUAUACAUAAUAAAUAAAUAAAUUAAAAAAAAA